CGGUCCGGCCUCCGCAGGCUGCGCGGGGCCGAGCUAGCUGCUGCGGGUUCGCUGGGCAGCUGCCUGGGGACGCUGCUCCUGGGCCGGAGUUCCGACUUCCUUCCCCGAUACAGACGCCGCCGAUCUUCUCCCGGAUCGUCUUCCUCCGUAACCUGCUGCUUUCCUUUUUCCUUCCUCCCGGCUCCCACCUCCCGAAUCCCCGCUGCCCUUUCCUGCUCCAGGGCCCUCCCGGAGCCGAGCAUCCCGGGUAUCCACCUGCCAUCCUCCUGGCUUCUUGCCCUUCCUUGACCUCAGGUCCCGUGACCCACGGAACCCCGUCAUAACCUCACCAGACUCUUCCUAAACUCCUUUUCCUCCUCUCUCUGCCAGCUCCCCACUCCAAAUUCCAGCUACCCUUGACCUCUUGACCUCUGACCCUGACCUUCUCAAUGGCUAUCUCCUGCAGCGGUGAGGACUGCUGACACGGAGUCCUGCCCCUGAGUUCUGCUUACACCCCACCCUCCCACCCCACCCCCUGUUUCUGAAGCUUGUUUUUCACUUUCUUACUCCUGGGCCACUUCCUGUUACUGCUACCCCACCAUGGACUUUUUGAUGAGUGGCCUGGCGGCCUGCGGGGCCUGCUUGUUCACCAACCCCCUGGAAGUGGUAAAGACCAGGAUGCAGUUGCAGGGGGAACUGCGGGCCCCCGGCACCUACCAGCGGCACUACCGAAACGUCUUCCAUGCCUUCAUCACCAUCGGCAAGGUGGAUGGCCCGGCUGCGCUGCAGAAGGGACUGGCCCCUGCUCUCUUAUACCAGUUCCUGAUGAAUGGCAUCCGCUUGGGCACCUAUGGGCUGGCUGAGGCUGGGGGCUACCUGCACACGGCGGAAGGCGCCCUCAGCCGUCCCCGCAGCGCCGCAGCUGGGGCCCUGGCUGGGGUCAUGGGAGCCUACUUGGGGAGCCCCAUCUACAUGGUGAAGACACAUCUACAGGCACAGGCAGCCUCAGAAAUUGCCGUGGGUCACCAGUAUAAGCAUCAGGGCAUGUUUCAGGCGCUAAGCGAGAUUGGCCAGAAACAUGGGCUGGUGGGGUUGUGGCGCGGGGCCCUGGGCGGCCUGCCCCGAGUUAUCAUCGGUUCCUCCACCCAGCUGUGCACCUUCUCGUCCACCAAGGACCUCAUCACUCAGUGGGAGAUAUUUCCGCCCCAGAGCUGGAAGGUGGCUCUGGUGGCUGCCAUGGUGAGUGGCAUCGCUGUGGUCCUGGCCAUGACACCCUUUGAUGUGGUCAGCACGAGGCUCUACAACCAGCCCACUGAUGCCCAGGGCAAGGGCCUGAUGUACCGGGGGAUACUGGAUGCCCUUCUACAGACCGCUCGGACAGAGGGCGUCUUUGGCAUGUACAAGGGUAUAGGUGCCUCCUACUUCCGCCUUGGCCCCCACACUGUCCUUUCCCUCUUCUUCUGGGACCAGUUACGCACCCUCUACAACACGUACACCAAAUGACACCAGGCACUCUUGCACACACCACCAAAUCAGCACUCCUUGGACACUUCUGCCUCCAGUCCUAUGUCCUGGCAACUUCUGACCAGGUGACCCUUCGUCCCUCCAAGGGGAACAGCCAACUCCACUCCCCAUCUGAUUUUCUCAGGGUUGAAUCACUACAAGGGACAGUCUCCCUCCUUUCCUUCGGUGUCCCUUUAAACCUUCCCUCCCUUUCCUCCUGGACAUGUCACACCCCUCCCCCCCUUCCUCAGGGCUGAACCAGUCACUCCAAAGUUUUCCCUCCUUUUGUUUGGACAGCCUUGGGUCCCUUCUGAUCCUAUGCACAAACUUCUUUAACUCCCCACUACAAGACCAAAGGGAACUGAGGGGACCUAGGUGUCUUGUUAGAUGCAAAGGCACAGAGAUCUUAUCUUGAUUAUAAAGCCAGUUUAUUUCUGCA